AUGGACCGCGGAAUCACUUCUGGAAGAGGAGCCCUGUUUGGGUUGACCUUGCUAACUGCACUGAUGUGCUCAGCUGUAUCUCUGGAUAUGCUGAAUAUGUGUAUGGAUGCCAAACAUCACAAGACGGAGCCAGGCCCAGAGGGUGCGCUUUAUAAGCAGUGUGCACCCUGGAAGGACAACGCGUGUUGUAACGCGAACACAACAGAGGCAGCUCAUGAAGAUAACUCAUAUCUCUACAACUUUAACUGGAACCACUGUGGGGUCAUGAGCGAGAAAUGUAAACAGCAUUUCAUCCAGGACGCCUGCUUCUACGAAUGUUCCCCACACCUGGGUCCCUGGAUUCAGGCUGUGGACCAGUCUUGGCGUAAGGAGCGUAUUUUGAACGUGCCGCUUUGUAAGGAGGACUGUGAGACAUGGUAUGAGGACUGCAAGAAUGACUUCACCUGCAAAGAGGACUGGCAUAAGGGUUGGGAUUGGAGCACAGGGAACAACCGGUGUCCGGCGAACAGUGAGUGUCGCAAGUGGACGGACGUGUUCCCGACAGCCAAGAGCAUGUGUGAGAAGAUCUGGUCCCAGUCCUAUCAGUAUACCACCUACACCAGGUCCAGCGGCCUCUGUAUGCAAAUGUGGUUUACCGGUUCCAACCCCAAUAAGAAGGUGGCGGAAUACUACCUGCUGAACCACGCCCCUCGGCUCGCUGCCAUGGCGACGGCCUUCUCCAUGCUCCUUGCUGCUCCUCUCUCCAUGGCUCUGUUGUGA